CUCAACCUUGGCCAGAGGUAACCCCACACCAGAUUGGUUCGUCCGGUCUGUAACGCAGCUCCCCCAUCCAUCCGAACCAGGGAUCCCACAGCCGCAUUAUUCCCCCCGCGGCGCAUCCCGCAUCCCAUGACGAUCCAUCCCGCCAGACUAUUCUCCAAUAAACACAACACCAUGAGCUCAGACACCAUAAACCGCCCCCGCGUCGGCGUCGCUGCCGUCAUCGCCCGGCCGGACGGGUCGGUCAUCCUAGGCCGCCGCAAGGGCUCCCAUGGAAGCGGCCAAUGGGCUUUUCCAGGCGGCCACCUCGAGUUCGGCGAGUCGAUAGUGGCUUGUGCCGAACGCGAGACGCUCGAGGAAACAGGCCUACACGUCAAGGGCGUCAAGAUUGCCGGCGUGACCAACUCCGUCUUCACCGACACGCAACUGCACUACGUCACCCUCUUUGUGCAGUGCGAGCCAUGCGACCCUAGCCAGGAGCUGCAGCCGCAGGUCAUGGAGCCAGACAAGUGCGAGGGCUGGACCUGGAAGUCCUGGGCCGACAUAAAAAGGAUGGCAGAUGAGGACGUCGAGGCCGAGAGACUCUUCCUUCCUAUCAUCAACCUGGUCCACGAACAUCCAAACUUUGGUCAGGGCAACCUAUAACGCGUAACUUUAUAGCCUCCAGAUUGGAUUAGAGUUGCCAGCCCCUGGUUGCCAGCCCCUAUCCGAGUAAGCCGAGCCAAGCGGCGGGGCUGUCUUGUUUCCGCAAGGCAAACUUUGUUGCGCGAUCGAAGAAACGGCCUUGAAGCGCCACACUAUUGAAUAGAGACGCCCCCACGACAUUCAACCACGAUAUUUGGCCACGAUUACAUCACUUUGGGUACACAAGGCAGACCAGCCUCGGGUGCGUUUCUUGGGAUAGAUUGGACGGAAUUAAAAACGUCAUGCGCCAAGAGCCAUUUGCUUGGCCCGCACUGAUGAAGUAACAGAUCAGAGCAAGCUCACAUGCUCGAGAAAGACUGACUACGGCUAGAUAUCUACAUGGAGAAACUGUAUAAGAGGACCCCAGCGUGCAGGUCACAGGCCUUGAAAUUCUCUCCAUCAGCUGGUCGCCUCCCCGCAGCCGCCGCGGCGCUACCAAGCAAUCUGCGACGCCCUGGGCCGUUCACAUUUUCGCCUGUGGCGUCAUCGGUUGAUUCCACCGACUGCUGGAAUCGGAGCUCCGCCUACCUUCCGGGAUUCUGAGCCCACGGCUAUCGUUAUUCGUCGCUGGCUGGCAUCGUCGGAGGAGGCGCAGACCGGCUGGCGCCAUAUCUCGACAGCAUCUGACGAGCGCGGGGCGCGUGCGGCCGAGGCCAUGUCAGCCGUGCAUCGAGCGCAUCAAACCGGCCUUACUGCCUACUACAACCAACCCGUCAGGCACAAUAACAAGUAGGGACGAUCCGCGGGAUCGAUUCGUCGGGCCCCGAGAGCCCCCCGUCGCGUCGAAUUGAAGAUGUGGUUACUGGAAAAUAGCAGUAUGCAACCAUAUGUAGGGCCCUACCCUAAAUCAAGUGUCAUGCCAGCGCCCCUGUCGAGGCCCCCAGCAUGCAAGGGACUUCGCCGCCGCUGUUGCGGCUGAGGAUUACGAUCACGAUGGUGUCGAUAAAAAAAACGUGGGGAGGUCCCUCUUAUGGCCAGGCCCAGGUGGAGGGGGCUUACUGGGAAAGGUCACUGCAGCAGCAUUCAGCGGCGCAAAAUAAACUAAUUACUAUCCGGCUUCGCCAAAUAUGAGCCUCGCCCACUGCGAAAGAAGCGUCGGGUCUCGAUCUAUAUAAACGUCAGUUCUGCCCUUCACCGAGAUAACUACACGAUGCAUCAUCCCCAAGCCUUCCUCCUUCCUGCACGCAUCAAAACGAUCACAAAAGCAAAUUUUCGCCCCGAUUUCCGAUUUCCGAUUUCCGAACCCGCAGCCCGCGUCCAAGAUUUCCGGUCCAACCACGCCUACCCUAUCCGAAAGAAUAUUCCUGCCUCUGCCGCCGCGUCCGCCAUGCGUCCUUCCUCGAUCGCGCUUUUUGUGAGCAUCCUGGCUGGCGAGGCUGUCUCCGUUCCGGUUCCGCAUCCUUUUGGAGCUUGCUUUUCAAUCAUCGUGUGUGUACAGUCUCCAUGCGGCAAUUGCCCUACCGUGAGCAGGCCUAGUUUUCUCGAUAACCUUUCCCCCCCAAAGAAGCCCACCCGCGUUGGGCGCAUUGGAGACAUUGGUACUGGUCCGACUCUCUGAGCAAGACCUUUUUAUUGGGUGUUGGGGGUUCAUCGUUUGUCUUUUUUUCCUUCCACUUGAUUGUCCACAUAGAUUUGACCAGUUAUGUUUUCCUCGGCCGCAUUAUGCGUUCCGCAUGGCGAGAAUUGAACUUGGCUUACAUUGCACAACCAGGAAGAUCUCUAAUCUAGAGCUCCAGCACCGCGAAGCCGCUCGGCCCUUUCUACGACGUCUUUGCAUGCCUGUAA